CUUGGAUAGCCUUUGAAGUCUAGUAUCCCAAUUGAGUGGUCUUUGUUCGAGGAGAGAAAGCUUAUCUUACAAAAAUCGAGCUGGAGUGAGUGGUGGUCUGUGAACUCGAGCUGUGAGAGUGCUGAGACUGUUUGGUUGAUAUCUCGAGUUUUACAAAUCCAAUUAAGGCGUGUGAGAUACCCACAGAAGGCUCUCAAGACGAGGAAUCCGUGAAGGUCUGGUUUGCAGGAAUCGGAGUUGUGGAAGGCUUCCAAAUCGUCCGAGCAAAACACAACCUCGCAGGAGAGGAUUUAAUCUUCUAAAAGAAACGAGUUGACCGGGAAACACCCGUUCUAGGGGCUGUUUUCGUAUCAACGAUUAAGGGUUGAACUAGCACUUUGAGGAGGCUGUUUAACACUCAUAUUUGAGCAAGGAAUCAGUUCCAAAUCCACCUUGACCAAAGCUUUGACCAUUGGACCAAGAAGGGAAAGUUUAAAGCUCAAUUGAGGUUGAGGCUAGAGCUUGUUUCCUGUGCUCGUUGAUCGAGUGAUUCCUUGGAGAGAAGACUUGAAAUGGACCGUGGUGGCAGGAUUACUAGGAGAAACCCGACUGGCCGUGUACCAGUGGAGACUGGACUGGGCAGUCAAAGGACCUCUAGAGCAUCUGGAGGAGCUGGCCGUGGAGGCCGAUCACAGACCGUGAGCGACGGUCAUGUGAGCACCGAAAGCGAGAGCUAUUGGUCCUAUGAGGACUCGACCUAUCGGCCGGAAACAGAGCCGGUUGAAACCCCUUAUGAAGGGGAUGACGAUGAUGCAAGUGAUGAGGAGGACAACGGCUCCUUAGCGCGGAUUGAGGCAUUACUCCAAUAAUAUCACCGUGAGCGUGAAGAGAGGAGGGAACGCCGAAGGCGCCGGGCUGGGCAACCUUCGGGCAUGGCUUCACGAGGAGGAAGUCAUGGUGCAUCUAGAGUCCAUGUGGAACCACGUGGAGGCCAAAAUGAUGGAGGUCCAACCAUAAGGAUCUCCAAAUACAUCAAAGAAGCAAGAGAUUUGGGGUGCAAACCCUUUGAUGGAGCAGGGGACAUUUCAGUGGCAGCACAAUGGAUCAAGAGGCUAAAUGAAGCAGCCCUUGACAUGCAAAUCGCGCCGAAUCUCAAACUGAGAAUUGCGGUAAGAUUGCUCGAGGGGAUGGCAUCCAAGUGGUGGGAUGGAACCAAGAACAAGUACGGUGAGACCGUCGUUUGGGAGGACUUCCAACGGGAGUUCUUUGCCCAAUACUAUUCUGAUUUCGAGGUGAAUAAGAAGGUGAGGGAAUACACCCUCCUAACCCAAGGGGGUAACAUGUCAGUGAAGGAGCUGGAGUACAAGUUCCGGGAUCUCGCCGACUACAUACCGGAGUAUGCUUGUGACGAGAACCGCAUGGUAAACCACUUUUGGGACGCUCUUGACUUGGAGAUACGUGAUAGGGCAACGCAAUUGCCUAAUAUGACUUUCGCCCAAGUGGUUGACCAAGCGUUGAAAGGGGAGAAACAGUGGGAGGAACGGAAGAAGAGAGACGCCGAGGAGGCGAAAAAGAGAAAAUGGGAGAGUCAUGGCUCCCAAGGUUCCAACAAAAAGGGGAACCAUGGAGGAGGAUCUUUCCGGGCACCACCACCACCGUCUAGGGGGAACCAAGGCCCGAGUGGGCAAGGCUCGAGGUCACAAACCUCGGUGGUGACUCGUUGCAACAAUUGCAAGAAGAACCACUCCGGUAAAUGUCGCGACCCCCCUAGAUGCUUUCAAUGUGGGGAUGCCGGGCAUUUGAAGGCACUUUGCCCACAACUGGGCGGGGCAAGGACAUCGGGACCAAGUAAUGGCCCGACGGGUACACGGAAUCAACCCGGGGCUUCUCAAGCAAGCCGGGGACAUGGGGGAGCAAGCACGAGUAACGCGCCAUCCGUGAACCAAGGAAGGACCCAGGCUAGGGUCUACGCAAUGACGGAGGCGGAUGCUCAAGCUAACCCGGAUUCCGUUGCAGGUAUUACCUUUUGUAUACUUAUGUUUUACCCUUGAUUAGUCCAUAAAUUGAGGUUGCUAGUCGUUGGGAUCAUUGCACGAAGCUUUGGGGUCAAACGGAGCGAAAUCGGGCGAAAGACGGCUGAUUUCCGCCAACGCACACCAGGCUGGACCAUACGCAUGGCCGUGCGUUGUCCGUGCGUUGGUCCGUGCGUUGGUGGCAGUAGCAACCCGGGAAGAAAUUGCUAUACGCACGGCCGUGCGUUGUCCGUGCGUUGGUCCGUGCGUUGGUGGCAGUAGCAACCGGGAAGAAAUUGCUAUACGCACGGACGUGCGUUGUCCGUGCGUUGGUCCGUGCGUUGGUGGCAGUAGCUCCGUUUUGAGGUUAUAAGACACGCACGCCGUGCGUACCUCCUAGGCACGCCGUGCGUACCUCCUGGGCAGCCCAAAGUCGACUUUUUCGCGCCGUAUUGCAACGUUAAGACCUUUUCUUGAUCCCUAACAUGCGUGUGAACAUUGUAACCUUCUAUAAAUGAGUAGGGAGGGUAGGAAAAAUGUCUUACAUGGUUCAUGAAUGUAGGGACGCUAAAGAUUAAUGGGAAGGAUGCGCGAAUCCUUAUCGAUACCGGGGCGCAACGUUCAUUUGUGAAUGAAGCGUUCGCCAAGAGGUUGGGGGUGCAAUCCGCACCAUUGAUGCAAACCUUAGUGGUAUCAACACCACUAGGAGAUGACGUGGAAAGAACUUGUUAUUAUCCAUCUUGUUGGGUGGAGGUUAAUGGUCAAACCUUGACGUGUGACUUCGUACCGCUGGGCAUGAUUGAAUUCGAUGCAAUCCUAGGGAUGGAUUGGCUAGAAAGGAACCAUGCUAGGGUAGAUUGCUACACGAAGGUUCUUGAACUCGAAGGCAAUGAUGGGGAGACCCUACGCUUCGAGGGCGAUCGAGGGAGAUCAAAUAGUUGUAUCAUAUCCGCCGUGAGAGCGAUAAGUAUGAUGAGAAAGGGAUGUCACGCAUAUCUAGCAUACGUGGUUGACAAAACCAAAGAGGAAACGAACGUCGAUGAUGUGAGGGUGGUUUGUAAGUAUCCGGAUGUCUUCCCUAAAGACCUACCGGGGCUGCCACCUGACAGGGAGAUUGAAUUUUUGAUCGAGGUCGAGCCUGGUACCAAACCAAUCUCCAUACCGCCAUACCGUAUGGCACCCGCUGAACUUAACGAGUUGAAAACCCAAUUGCAAGAGCUUUUGGAUAACGGUUUCAUUAGACCAAGCCACUCCCCGUGGGGAGCACCAGUUCUUUUUGUGAAAAAGAAAGAUGGGACACUUCGAAUGUGUAUUGACUAUCGUCAACUGAACAAGGUCACAAUCAAGAAUAGGUAUCCUUUGCCUAGAAUUGAUGACUUGUUUGACCAACUACGAGGGGCAACCGUGUUUUCGAAGAUUGACUUGAGGUCGGGGUACCAUCAAUUGAAGAUUAAGGAAGAUGACAUACCAAAGAGUGCUUUCCGCACAAGGUAUGGGCACUUUGAAUUCCUUGUUAUGUCGUUUGGGCUAACAAACGCCCCGGCGGCAUUCAUGGACUUGAUGAACCGAGUAUUUCAUAAAUACUUGGACCGAUUCGUGAUUGUGUUCAUAGAUGACAUCUUGAUUUACUCAAAGAGUGAAGAAGAGCAUGAAGAGCACUUGAUACUUGUUCUUAAGACACUACGGGAGAAGCAACUUUAUGCCAAAUUUUCUAAAUGUGAAUUUUGGCUAAAGGAAAUCGGCUUUCUCGGGCACGUGGUUUCUGGAUCGGGAAUUGCUGUUGAUAACAAGAAGAUAGAAGCCAUUACCGAAUGGGAGAGGCCAAAGAACGUCAAGGAAAUUCGUAGUUUCCUUGGAUUGGCAGGCUACUACAGGAAGUUCGUGGAGAAGUUCUCUGUUUUGGCAUCACCAUUGACGAAGCUCACUCGUAAAGGAGCUAAGUUUGUACGGGAUGACAAAUGUGAGAAGGGGUUCAUGGAACUAAAGAAACGAUUGACCGAGGCACAGGUACUUGCAUUACCCAAACAGGGUGUGGGGUACGAUGUCUAUAGUGAUGCGAGCAUCCAAGGGCUUGGGUGUGUACUGAUGCAGAAUGGGAGGGUAAUCGCCUAUGCUUCACGACAGUUGAAGAAGCAUGAGGUGAAUUAUCCUACUCAUGAUUUGGAGCUGGGGGCAGUGGUGUUUGCACUGAAGAUAUGGAGACAUUAUCUCUACGGGGAGACAUGUCACAUAUACACUGAUCACAAGAGCUUGAAAUACGUGUUUACUCAGAAAGAGCUAAACAUGAGACAAAGACGGUGGAUGGAGUUGAUAAAAGACUACCAUCUGGUGAUAGAGUAUCACCCAGGCAAGGCUAACGUGGUGGCAGAUGCUUUGAGCCGGAAAAGCUCGUCUGGGCCAUUGCUAGCUAAUUUGAGGGCAUUAAGAGCCCAACUGGAGGUAUCCAGUGAUGGUGCCUUAUUGGCACGAUUUGAGGUGAGACCUACUUUACUUGAUGAGAUCAAGAAGGGUCAGGAAACCGACGAAGAAAUUAUGAAGAUCCGGGAACGCAUGCAAGCGGGACCGGUGGAGGACUUCAGAGAAAGAGAUGACGGUCUCUUAUUAUUUCGUGACCGAGUGUGUGUACCGGCAGAUGAUGAGCUCCGAAAGUCCAUCUUAGAGGAAGCUCAUUCAUCGGCUUAUGCCAUGCACCCGGGGGGCACGAAGAUGUACCGUGACCUGAAGGAGAGUUACUGGUGGUCAGGUAUGAAGAGAGAAAUAGCCGAAUAUAUCAGUCGAUGCCUUACUUGUCAACAAGUUAAGGCAGAACAUCAGCAUCCAGCGGGCUUAUUGCAACCACUUUCCAUUCCUGAAUGGAAGUGGGAACACGUGACUAUGGAUUUUGUGGUAGGGUUGCCACGGACGAUCAGGAACUAUGACGCAGUUUGGGUUGUUGUAGAUAGGCUCACAAAGAGUGCACACUUCUUACCUAUCAACACUACUUACCCACUCGAGAGGUUAGCCAAAUUGUACACGGAUGAGAUCGUGAGGCUACAUGGGGUUCCAGUGACCAUUGUAUCCGAUAGAGACCCACGAUUCACAUCACGUUUUUGGCCGAAAUUUCAGGAGUCUAUGGGAACGAGGUUGAAGUUCAGUACUGCUUUCCACCCACAGACGGACGGGCAGUCUGAAAGAGUCAUACAGAUCUUAGAAGACAUGCUGAGGGCUUGUGCAUUAGAGUUCCAAGGAAGUUGGGACAACCACUUAGCACUUGUGGAGUUUGCCUAUAACAACAGUUAUCAGGCAAGCAUCGGUAUGCCUCCAUACGAGGCAUUGUAUGGGAGGAGAUGCCGUACACCGCUAUGCUGGGAUGAGGUUGGCAUGGCCAAACUCGAGGGUACUGAGUUGGUUGAGGUCACCAAAUCAAAGGUGAAGUUGAUUCGAGAGAGACUCAAAGCGGCUCAGGAUAGACAAAAGAGUUAUGCAGAUAAGCGUCGAAGAACCUUAGAGUUUAAGGUUGAUGACGAGGUAUUCUUGAAAGUUUCUCCUUGGAAAGGGAUCAUUCGGUUCCAAACCCGAGGAAAACUUAACCCACGAUAUAUAGGUCCAUUCAGAAUUAUAGAGAGGAUUGGGACCGUUGCAUAUCGCCUACAGUUGACUCCUGAGUUAGAGAAGAUACAUAAUGUGUUUCAUGUAUCCAUGCUUAAGAAGUAUGUGCAUGAUCCCUCUCACGUAUUGGAGAAGCCACCUGUAGAGGUACGUGAGGAUUUGAACUACGCUGUUCAACCUAUCAAAGUCACCGAUAGAAAGGUGAAGAAGCUGAGGAGCAAAGAAGUCCCAAUGGUUAAAGUCCUGUGGAAGAGCGAUCGAGUCGAGGAAGAGACAUGGGAAACAGAGGCUUUGAUGAGGAAGCAGUAUGCUUUCCUAUUCGAGUAGAGCUGUGAAUUUCGGGGACGAAAUUCCUGUUAAGGGGGGGGGGGGGGUGAACUUGUGACACCGCACCCGAACGUCCUUGAAAAUUCGAUUUAAAAAUUUAACAUUUAUGUAUUGAAUUUCCGAUUUCAAAACAAUGGAAGAAACGAUUAAUAUUUUACGAAGUACAUGAUUGAAUAUUGUAUUGUUCAAACCCGUAUUCUUUUGUAAUAUCCAUCAAGUAAAUUAUUGGGAUGAGCCUACACAUAUUGGAGAUCAAUAAUGUGAUUUAGGAAGUUGACUUGUUCUAAAUAAAUUAGGAUGAGUACAAAAAGACAUCUUUUGACAAAGAUAAAACAAUAGGACCCGUUUUCCUCAUUUUUGGAAGUAUUGGUAGAUAAUUUGAAUCCCAAAAUGAUUGGGAUCAAUUGGGAACCACUCCACAUGACAUUAGUACCUGCAAGACAAAUAAAAAUGGGUUAGGAAACUUACCUUGGCCGACCACCAUGGAGAGGAGCUGCACAAGACUUGAUAGGAAUCAAAUUUUGGGGCCACCACCACUGUUUUCGCACAAACAGGUGUGCUGUUUUGUCUCCCUUCAUUUUGAGAGUUGUACUCGUCCAAAUGAGGUGUAUAAGGUGUCCUUGGAUAGCCUUUGAAGUCUAGUAUCCCAAUUGAGUGGUCUUUGUUCGAGGAGAGAAAGCUUAUCUUACAAAAAUCGAGCUGGAGUGAGUGGUGGUCUGUGAACUCGAGCUGUGAGAGUGCUGAGACUGUUUGGUUGAUAUCUCGAGUUUUACAAAUCCAAUUAAGGCGUGUGAGAUACCCACAGAAGGCUCUCAAGACGAGGAAUCCGUGAAGGUCUGGUUUGCAGGAAUCGGAGUUGUGGAAGGCUUCCAAAUCGUCCGAGCAAAACACAACCUCGCAGGAGAGGAUUUAAUCUUCUAAAAGAAACGAGUUGACCGGGAAACACCCGUUCUAGGGGCUGUUUUCGUAUCAACGAUUAAGGGUUGAACUAGCACUUUGAGGAGGCUGUUUAACACUCAUAUUUGAGCAAGGAAUCAGUUCCAAAUCCACCUUGACCAAAGCUUUGACCAUUGGACCAAGAAGGGAAAGUUUAAAGCUCAAUUGAGGUUGAGGCUAGAGCUUGUUUCCUGUGCUCGUUGAUCGAGUGAUUCCUUGGAGAGAAGACUUGGUUCGUGCUUCCUCCAUCCUGUUUUUAAAUAAUAUUAAACUUGCUCAUGGAUAUUUUACUUUAGAGCCUGCGUGCUCAUGUUUGCCCUGUGUGGCCCUUUUGUUUUAAACAAUGUUUUCCGCUGCGUAUUCAAUUGUUUAUUAUGUAUGUUUAUGGAUGAAUUAUGUGUGAAUGAUAUUCAUGACGCCUUGUAUAAUAUGAAUGUGUUGGACUGCGGUUGACUAUUCGUAUUGUACGGCGGGUUGUUGACGUGUCCGGGGAGGUCCGGGGCGUGACAUAAGGUGGCCAUUUGGUUGGGUCUUGUGGAAAGGGUCCAUAUUUUUUGCAGGUAAAAAAUUGUCCACUUCAAUUCUUUUUGCCCUUUCCUUCCUUCUCUUCUUUGCCGCUGUAGUCGCCUCUGCUGGUGUAUAUCGGUCCGGUGAUCUUGCAAGGCGCUGUGUUCUUACAAUUGGUGCACAUGGGGUCUCAAUCUGUACCGUAACAAAUGCAUAAAUAACAAUAUGUUUCAAUUAAAUUUCCACUAUUAUGACUUCACAUUCGCACAAAUUCAAAUCUGGUGCUUACCGAUUUUCCCUUUGUGUCCUCUGCUUGCACAUUUGUCUUCUCUUUGUUCCCAUUAUCACCAUUACCUUGACAGGGCUCCUGUAAUUGCACCUUUGCAGCACUCUGUAAAAGAAAAAUAUUAAUUCUUAAAUUAGUAAAUGAUUAAUUA